AGGUGAACGCCGCCUCCUCUGUGCCAUAUUCCUUCUGUCAUCAGAGCUGCUGAACAGUCUGAGCACCUCCGUCAUCGCAAAUAUGCCCGGGCUGCUUCUCGGAGAUGUGUUUCCCAAUUUCGAGGCAGAGACCACCAGCGGCAGCAUUAAACUUCACGAAUACCUCGGAGAUUCGUGGGGCAUCCUGUUCUCCCAUCCCAGAGACUACACCCCUGUGUGCACCACAGAGCUGGGCCGAGCAGCCAGACUCAGCCCUGAGUUCAGUAAACGCAACAUCAAGAUGAUCGCCCUGUCCAUCGACAGCCUGGAGGAUCAUCAUGGCUGGAUCAAGGACAUCCUGGCAUACAACAGUGUGGAGCCCGCCUGCUGCUCGCUGCCCUUUCCCAUCAUCGCUGACAGUAAACGGGAGCUGGCAGUGGCCCUGGGCAUGUUGGACCCAGACGAGAAGGACAAGGAUGGCCUGCCGCUCACAGCCCGCUGUGUGUUUAUCAUUGGCCCAGACAAGAGGCUGAAGCUGUCAUUACUCUAUCCUGCCACCACAGGACGCAACUUUGAUGAGAUUUUGCGGGUGGUGGACUCACUCCAGCUGACAGUAGAGAAACGGGUGGCUACACCUGUUGACUGGCAGCCUGGAGAGAGUGUGAUGGUCCCUCCCAGCAUGUCUGAGGAGGACGCCGCCUCGUUGUUCCCGGCCGGUGUUUACACCAAGGACCUGCCCUCUGGGAAGAAGUACCUGCGCUACACACCUCAGCCAUGAGCUGGUUUUCAACACUCAUAAAUAGGUAGCUUUUAUCAAGUGGGCUGAACCUUAGGAAAUAUGUUCUAAUUUAGCCAUGCCAAAAAUAAAUACAGCCCCUAGAAGCAAAGGGUGUAAAGUUCCACCUGUUGUUCUGUGGUUGCCGGGGUGGGGUGGAAUAAUAUAUUUUUAAUAUUUAAAGAUGAGAGCAAAGGUUGCUUUAUUAUACGCAGUAUGGAAUAGGAAAUUUCCAUUUCAGUGACAGUGCCUGGUAUUAAGAAUAUAAAUAAAUGAACUAUAAAUGUUUGAAUGCAUUUUUCUAUAUAUAUUUCUCCUUUAGGCAAGAGAUAAAAGUGCUGUGGUGCUGUUUAUGUAGAGCACAAUUUGAUGAAAGAAAACCGUGUGCUAUUGACUCAGGGAUGUAAACCUCAUGUUGGGGCUCUCACUUACAAUUUUAAGGAUUGAACUAGGACAGCCAGUAUGUAAUUACUAUUCAUCUCCAAUCAUGCUUCAGAGAUUAAUUAUCAUCACGUGUGGUAUCAUUUAUAUUAUGGACACAUCAACUUUCCUUAACGCACAAUAAUGAGGUAAACCCAGGUAAAAGCCAUUAUUUCCUACUGGUUUCUUUUAAACUAAAUGUAUUUCAUCUAUACUAAUGACAAAGGAGGAGAUAUGGAUUGAAAAUACGAAAUAGUCUAGUGAAAGUCUUGUGGAUUGCAUUGUAUUUGUGCACUAACGGUGGAAUGUAUGAUGUAUGUAAUGCCUCGGUGUGCUGCCUUAUGUUCAUGCACAAAGAGGGAAUAAAUAUUUCUG